AUGAAAAAGAUGACACCAACGAAGACAUCACUCGUCACCGCAGAUGACACCGAAGACGAAGACAUACAACAGCCACGGAUUUAUGCGAAGAACUCUUUCGAUCGUUUCGGUGAUGACUUGUUUGGACUCUUACUGUCGUACCUCUCGCUGUACGAGAGCUUUGUCUGCGAAUGUGUGUCCAAACAGUUCCAGAGAACUGUCUUCGAGAGUGUUGUCGACAUAACUAUACACGACAUGACCUUUUGGUAUGAGAAGAGAUCGCGGACUGACAUCAAUUACAUGCAAAUGUUGGCCACAAUCGGCCGCAAGUGUUCACACAUUCAUACCAUUGACUGCCGAAGAAUAAGCAACACAUUUACGAAGCAAUUGCCGGAAGUGUUGCCCAUCUUUCGAGACAAUUGUCCGCAUUUACGGCACAUUUACUGCGAUUUUGAUGAAAAUACGGAUCAAUUGAUGCCAGAGUUCGGACAACUGGUCACAAGAAUUGGUUUUAUUAGUAAUCCUUUGAUCGAUAAUCAACGGCUCUCUCAUUGCCACCGAUUGUCUCGACUCCGGAUUCACAGCAUUUCCGAAAUCUUUGACGACACGACAGGAGAACUGUUGGCCAAGAAUUUACAGCGAUUUGAAUUUUCUUACAAUAGUUUUGAUGAUAAACACUUGUUGUCUGCAUUCGUGGCACAGAAUCAGUCCCUAAGAAGUGUUAAACUCAUUGUUUAUAACUAUGAAUCUCACGAGAGUUUGACCGAAUUGGCCGAACAGUUGUCACGAUUACCACAAUUAAGGGAUUUGACACUCGAUUUAAUGCUAAACUACGGACAGAACUCAUUGGACGUGUUUUUGCGGGCAAUCGGCCAGAAGUGCCCGCAAUUGAAACGAUUGAGACUGAAAUUGAAGGCGAAGAAUACUAUUCGACUUUAUCAUCAUUCAAUCGAUUCGUUGGGAUGUUAUCGCAGAUUAAAACGUAUGGAUUUAAUCAUUACUUCAAUGAUCGAUGAGCUAUUUCUGGAUCCGUUGAAACUCUGCCACCGAUUAACACAUCUAUCGCUCAAUUCGAGUCAAAUUGAUGACAAUUUGUUUGUCAAUUGUGACAAACAUUGGCCACGACUUCAAUGCUUAUCAAUUCAAAGGACUGAUAUCACAAGCAAUGGUUUGGAUCACAUCUCAAGACUACCAGCGCUGCAGACACUUGUGUUUGACUUUUCACUACUAUUCAGUCGUUUUGUGGUAAAUCCUAUGCAUAUUACCAAUCAUUUAAUAGAUAAUGUUUGCGAAGACCUGUUGGCCAGAAGUGCUAAACUGAAGACCAUUGAAAUCCGCAGAUCCGGUGACUCAAUGUUUUAUUGCCGUAAAAGUGGUACAAAUAUUUGA